GGAUACAAGUCAUUCAGUAAUUGUUUUGGGUCGGAAUCGGUGUGUUAGUCUGCUUCUCCAAUAAUGUCGUUAGCCUACGAAAUAGAUAACACGAAACCAAAUAGCUCUCAAAUGCAAUUUUACAUCCUGGUUACUUGCACGGUCUUGAUUUUGUAUUUGAUAUCAUGGCUUCAGCAAAAUUCGAGAACAUGGAAAAUGGGAAUGAAAAUUCCGGGACCAGUACCUCUACCACUUUUCGGAAAUGCCUUAUUGGCUCUAUCGUUUAACAAUAAAGCAAUAUUCAAACGUGCCUUGGAUCUGGGACUAAUCUAUGGAGACGUUGUCAGAGGAUUUCUGGGCAGCAGAUUGUUCGUUUUUCUAACACACCCUGACGACAUUGAAAUAAUACUGAAUAGCAACACUCAUUUGGAUAAAUCGACCGACUACAAUUUCUUUAAGCCAUGGCUGGGCGACGGAUUAUUGAUAAGUAGUGGUGAAAAAUGGCGAUCGCAUCGAAAACUUAUAGCAACGGCAUUCCAUCAGAAUGUUCUGAAAACAUUUGUGAGCACUUUUAAUGAAAACAGUUUGAAAACCGUCGUUAGACUGAAAAAGGAACUGGGAAAGGAAAUCGACAUUCACGAUUAUAUGAGCGAAACAACCGUUGACAUUUUACUGGAGACGGCAAUGGGUCAUCCAAGAACCCAUGAUGAUAAAGAAGGAUAUAAUUACGCAAUGGCAGUGAUGAAAUUGUGUGAUAUUUUGCAUCUACGGCACCGUACCUUCUAUUAUCGGUUCAAUGCUCUUUUCAAUUUUUCAUUGUUGAAAGCAAAGCAAGACAAACUCAUUUCAAUUAUUCAUGGCCUGACCGGAAAAGUCUUUGCCAAUAAAAAAAAAAUCUUCGCGCAAAAUAUGGCUGAAGGAAAUAUUCCUCUACCAACGUUUGUCGAUGUCAUCAAUAAUAACAACACCGUCCCUGAUGUUUCGUCUAAAGCGGAUGGCCUUCGAGAUGAUCUUGACGAUCAGGAUCAGUACGAUGUUGGCAUUAAACGUCGUCUAGCUUUUCUUGAUCUAAUGAUUGAGUCUGCUUAUCAUGGUGCUGAAUUAACUGACGCUGAAAUAAAAGAAGAGGUCGACACGAUCAUGUUUGAAGGUCAUGAUACGACCGCUGCUGGAUCGAGCUUUGUACUCUGUUUGCUCGGAAUUCACCUCGAUAUUCAAAGGUUGGUGUUCGAAGAACAACAGAAUAUUUUCGGGAACAGUGAUAGGCGAGCAACCUUCAAUGACACCCUUGAGAUGAAAUAUUUGGAAAGAGUUAUUUUAGAGACAUUAAGACUGUAUCCUCCGGUACCCAUUAUUGCAAGACGUGUCAAUGAGGACGUUAAGCUUGUGACAAAUGAUAUUGUAAUACCAGCUGGAGCAACAGUUGUUAUAGGAACAUUUAAGACGCAUCGUCGAUUCGACCUAUAUUAUUAUGCAGACAAAUUCAAUCCUGAUAACUUCCUGCCGGAGCGUUGUCAAAAUCGUCAUUACUAUGGCUACAUUCCAUUCUCUGCAGGACCCAGAAGCUGUGUAGGUCGUAAAUACGCAAUGUUGAAAUUGAAGAUUCUUCUGUCGACAAUCAUUCGUAACUUUAAAGUAACGUCUGACAUUAGCGAAGACGACUUUCAACUCCAAGGCGACAUUAUUUUAAAGAGAGCCGAUGGAUUUCGAAUCAAAUUGGAAAACCGAUGAUUUGUUAGUUCAGAGAAUAAUAAAGAAAGAAAAUUGAAAAUC